AUGUAUCGUGAGGAGGCGGACGGGUCGGCGGUGGUGUGGGGCAUUCCUGUCGUACCGUUUGUGCCGGUGCAGCACACGCAGAUUGAUGUGUCCACCUUAAACCGUCUUGGCAACUACUGCUUCCGUUUUGCACGGGAGCACGGGUGGCUGCAAACACCCGACGAAAUGGCGCUCGCCGCGCCGGACGCCCAGGGCAACGUGGCGCGUCCGCCGGUGGAGCAGGCAACCCACGCCUACACAGACUCGAACAACACGUUUUUCUUCGCCGGCGUCGAGGAGAUCCUUGAUAAUCCGUGCCCUGACUUCGAGUUGCCGCCAAGGCCCUUAAGGCUGUGCGCUGAGGUUCACUUACACCUCGUCCACGUCGGCAACAGCUCCUACAGCGUGUACAGCCAACUUUACACCUACUUGGACGGGCAGGGCGAGGCAGCGCGCAGCUUGCUUGGCAGCUUCAAGGUGACAGCAGUGUGGGUGUCGAAGCAGCAGCGCACCCCGGCGGCGCUGCCUGCUGAUAAGCGGUCGCUGCUGCGCUUCGCCAUUGAGAAGAAUGCGUCGAAAAUGCCCUCAUCCGACGUAGCACGGGUUCAGCGACUCUCAGUGAGUGACCUUCUGCUGCAGAGCGGGUGGUUCGCGAAUACGUCUGCCAUUGCUUCCAUGGAGAUUGCCGCGUACUCCCCGCUCUCUGCUCCACCACCGGAUGAGUUUCUCAUCUCCCUGCCUCAUGUGUGCACCGCGGCACCCCUCUGGCUGCUUCAUCGGCGCCACUUCAUGCUGCGCGAGACCGAUAUUGACUUCAACCUGCACGUGAACCAGCUCGUGACGAAGCUGCUCGUGAUCGACGCCUUCCGUGGCGCUACGGCCGAUGCGCAAUGCGCCUACUCGCGUCUCCGGCGCCCUGACGUGCCGCCAAACCGCGCCGACAUACUGCUGCGCAAGUUCCGCAUCGACUACGUUCGCGAGGUCCCGGUGAGCUGCGUCGCUACGGAAGUGUUUCUCUUCCCUGUAAACCCGGCACGUGCCAAGACGCAGUUCUCCUCUGCUGGGACUUCUACAGGCAGCGGGGAUGGUGCUGCUGCCACUACUGUGGUGGUUCCAGAUAGUGAAGCAUCCGACGCACCAGCGGUGGACAUGAUGGACAUUGGUUUCUUCACGGUCGGCGUGCCAAGCCUGGACGGUGCCUCCUCGAAGGAUCGCUUCAUUGCCUCGGUGGGCGUGAUGACGGCUGCCACCUGCUUCCUGCAUUAG